AUGGCAGGAGGCCGAGCGCGACAGAUCAUCUUCCGCAUCUUCUACAGCACCUCUUUCACGGCCGUCUUCAUCCUCCUCAUCAUUUUUAGCGCCGUUACUCCUGCCGACACCAUCUACGAGUCCUACAAGCGGAAUCGCCUGAUCGAUAUCUUCCUGAUUGCCGGCGUCUACGUAUUCACUGCACUCCUCGCAGUCCUCAUCUAUGCGUCCAGAUUAUACACGAAUCGGUCGGUGCUUAAGGAUAUACCGAAGACGUUUAUGCCCAUCGAGAAGGAAGAUCUCCCGGGCCGAAGGGUGCAUCGACUCAUCCAAGAAUGUCUAGAGCGGAGUGCUGUGAUUGCUUUUCAGGUCAGGCCACGGAGUAAGAGACUCGAGCAUGAUACAAUAAAUGCUGGGAUGAGAAUGUUAGCCUUGACAAAGACAAAAUCAAGCACCGAUCAGACGAUCGAGCCGAGCUGGGGAAAUAUUGCACAUGCAGGGUGGUCGUCGCCGGCAUCCAAGGAAUUGCCCGGUCUCGAGUACGCGACCGUAGUGGAUGAAUUGGUGGAUCUUGUCGAAGCGAAGACCGUCAGCCUCGCCCCGAUAGAUCCGCUGGUCGAGCCUGGGCCUGAUGGCAGUCCACUACCCAAUCCGAGAGUCAUUGAGGAAAUCGCUAGGAGCGGCAAUAUGGGGAUGAGAGCUUAUCUUCGAUACCUCAUUGAUAUUGGCGUGGUUCCGGACGAUUCUCUCACCGUCGCAUUCCUGGCGGCAUAUGAACGAACCCGGUUUUCGUCAGUGCCCUUGAGUGAUGAUGACUUCCAGGCUCUUAUGCGCAUGUUUGCCGAACUCCUGCGCCACAUGACGCCGGUCGAAGUUGAUCUACUCCAUCUCGAAUCGGACUCGGAAUACGGCUCUGGUCAACACUCGCACUCUCAGUCGGAUUCGUCGAGCCUGGUGGAACGAAAAGUGUCUCAUCGGUCUCGACAUAGAGAUGUAGAAACAGCCUCUCUGCCGUCUACAUACUCUGCCUCGGGCUCUGUUCGCCAUCAUAAACAGCCUCCACGCCGUGUCUCCGAAGACUCUGCUCCAUCUUUAUCAUCGUACGAACUCGUGCACCACGCACCUUCAGAAGCGGGCGCCGACGACCACGAUGGUGACGAAACAGGAGACGCUGAUGCCCAGUCACUUCAAACUGCGCCGACAACAGCACCACGGUCCCGUUCCCGACCCCGACCGCCACUUAGAACGUCGACGUCUAGGAUGUACUCGGCUGUGUCGCGACUGCCUUUACACCCAAAUGACUCUGGUUCCUUACAUUCCAACACCGGCUCAGUUGUGCAUCAUGAUGUGGAAACACAAAGUUCCCGCUCCUCAGGAAGUUUGAAAAGCCGGGUCCGAAAAGACAGGCAUAAUGGUCGUGUACUCAGGCUUGCGAGGGAAGAUGAGACUGGGCGUGGGGACAGCCAACACGGCUUGCCCUACCGUAUCCAGAUCCCACAAAGAGAUUCUGGGUAA